GCCCCGGGGGCCCCUCGCUCCGGGCUUGGAGCCGCGUUACUGGUCCUCGCCGGCAGGCCGGGGCGAGGCGUGGAGGCUGGGAGUCGGGGCCGCCAGGGCGUGGCCGCUCCACGGGCCCGCCCAGCCGCCGGCGCCUCCGCGCGCGCCAAAGUCAAAGUGCGGGUCCCGCCGGCGCGAGCGUGACGCCGCCGUCCCCAGCUCCCCGCGCCGCCGCUCUCCUGCAGGUCCCGCGCCCGAGCCGCCGCGAGCCAGGCAUGGCCACCCCGCCCAAGAGGUUCUGCCCGUCCCCCUCCACCAGCUCCGAGGGCACACGGGUCAAGAAGAUCUCCAUCGAGGGGAACAUCGCUGCUGGGAAGUCAACCUUUGUGAAUAUCCUCAAGCAGGUCUGUGAGGAUUGGGAAGUGGUUCCUGAACCUGUCGCCAGAUGGUGCAACGUGCAAAAUACUCAAGAUGAAUUUGAGGAAUUGACAACGUCUCAGAAAAGUGGUGGGAAUGUUCUUCAAAUGAUGUACGAGAAGCCCGAACGGUGGUCUUUCACCUUCCAAUCCUACGCUUGUCUCAGCCGGAUCCGAGCUCAGCUGGCCGCUCUCAAUGGCAAGCUCAAAGAUGCGGAGAAACCUGUGUUAUUUUUUGAACGAUCUGUGUAUAGUGACAGGUAUAUUUUUGCGUCUAAUUUGUAUGAGUCUGACUGCAUGAAUGAAACAGAGUGGACAAUAUACCAGGACUGGCAUGACUGGAUGAACAGCCAGUUCGGCCAAAGCCUUGAACUGGAUGGAAUCAUUUACCUUCGAGCUACUCCAGAGAAAUGCUUAAGUAGAAUAUAUUUACGGGGAAGAAAUGAAGAACAAGGCAUUCCUCUGGAGUAUUUAGAGAAACUUCACUAUAAACACGAAAGCUGGCUCCUUCAUCGAACUCUGAAAACCAACUUUGAGUAUCUUCAAGAGGUGCCUAUCCUCACACUGGAUGUCAAUGAAGACUUUAAAGACAAGCAUGAGAGUCUGGUUGAAAAGGUCAAAGAAUUUUUGAGUACUUUGUGAUUGUCCGGGAGACUGCAGGUGACAAAAUGUCUCCAGAUGCUUCAGCUUGUGUGUCGUAGCAGCUUGAUGGUCAUACGAAGGUCUUCACAGGAUUCAAGUUUUUAAACCAGUUUUGUUUGGCAGACAGAAACCUUUUCUAAUAUUCAGAAUCCCCCUGUAACCUUUGAGCCCCUCCUUUACCCCCUGACACCCUCCACUUCCCUUCCACAUUUUAAAUGAGAGUGUUUAUCUCACUGCGAAGUCUGGAGGUCGAUGUUUUCAGAAUCAGUACAGCGAGUGGAUAAACUGUUAUGGAAGGCCCAGCUUUCCCCCUGCCCUGUUGGUGGGUGUCCUGAGCAGGUUGACAUGUUUUCAUUCUCCCGUUAAUGGCCACGUCAAUGUUCCAUAUAAAGGAUGUGUGUCUUAUGUGAGUGAGUAUGCCCAUUACGAGCUGAGAAGUGGAGUUUGGGGAAUCCCUAGAAUAGGGAUUUGGUUGAGGUGUGUGUUUUGUUUUUCUUCUUCUUCCUUGAGUGAUGCUGGACAGUGAACCCCCAGGGUCUCAUUCAUGCCAGGGAAGCUUUCUACAGUGAGCUGUCCCCAGCCCCUGACGUGCUGUUGUUAUCAAGUGCCUCUCCUACUCUAUGAACGUUAUCAUCGCCUCACUGAUGUUUACUAAUGUGUCUGCGGUGCAUGUGGAGAGGAAGAGGUGAAACCCUGUUCCCAGUAUGGUAAUGGUGGAAUUACUUUAUAAAUCAUUUCAUCUGUACCUGUUUCUUCAUCUGUGAUGAGUACUCUUUUUCUUUCUUUCUUUCUUUCUUUCUUUCUUUCUUUCUUUCUUUCUUUCUUUCUUUCUUUCUUUCUUUCUUUCUAAUGUAAAUUUUGGAGAAUGGAAGAAAUCUUUCUAUAUUUAAAAGGUAGCAAAGACAUUUAUUACGUGAGUAUAAAGCUUCAUUAAAUUAGCUACUGCUUUUCUUAGAGUACUACAGUUUAAAUGCUUGUUUAAAUUAUGACUUUUUUGGGGGUGAGGCAUGGAGACAGGGUCUCUCUACAGCUCUGGCUGUCCUGGAAUUCACUGUGGAGACCAGGCUGGCCUUGAACUCACAGAGAUCCACCGACCUCUGUCUCCCUCCCUGCUCCCAGUGCUUGAUUAAAGUCAUGCAACACCGCACCGUCUCUGAUUUUCUUGAAAUCAUUUGAGAUACAAGUAUAGCUUUUCUUCAGUUUCUUUUUAAGUUUUAUGUAAAAUAUGAUGGAACAUAAUGACAUUUUCCACUGGCCCUGUAUUGAUAAUAAGCAGUCUCUCUUUACCGUGGUACAUGGUGAGACGGUGAGGGAGACCGUGCCAAGGUGGGGCAUUUUAGCCGUUAAGUCUGCGUCUGCCACCUCCCCCCUCCCCCCCUGUACAGUUUUCCUUUUCUAUCUGGAGUUCUUAGGCAGUCUGCGAACUUCAGAUUGAAGUCACAUAUUUCUGCUGUGAGAAUGUGACCGACCACACUUUGCUCCAUAGUUUACUUUGUAGGAUUGUUCUUAGAUUUCUUAUACUCACAGAGAAAUUAUUGAUAAAAACAAUUUUGCUUUAUAUAUAGUGUAUCAUGGAAAUGUUACAAUUUUUGUUGAACUAGGAAAUACUUUAACAAAUUCCAGGAGGCUUAAAGCUCCCGUUAAUAAUGUCCGUAUCUCUAAACCACUUCCAUGUUUAGCUGUAAAAAUCUGCUUGUAUUCAUCUGAGGCCUGUAUGUAAUUAAAAAAGUCUUUUUAUUGUUUUUUUUCCCCCCAGUGUGGUUUUUUAAGUUAAGAUGUGCAUUAUUUUUACUAGGUAAUUAGCCUUUCUACUUCACAUUAGGAAAAACGUGUAAUUUCUUGAAAUGAAGAAUCGCGUUUAUUUUGAAGCUAUAAUUUUCCUUUCUCAAGUGUUACCUUUUAUUUUUGGUUUCUUAUUCAAAGAUGAUAAUUUAGUGGGUUAGCUGGUACAGUAGCACUGAUCUUUGAAAAGAGGACUCAAUUUCAAAUCUGUAAUAACUAAAAAUAGUCUUGUGAUAUAUCUGACCUCUUUUUAUUUUUGUUUGAUAAAAAUAAAUGUGCUAAUUUAAAUGUUUGCCAAUAAAUAAACUUCAGUUUUAUGAACUAUUA